GGCAAGAUAAGGCGAGGAUAUAUAGGCCACAGAAUACGAGCAUUGUUCGCACCCACAGCCCAAACCUCCCGAUCGUACAUCUUUUCCAGGCCCUCCGCAAUUGCGUAUUCGUCCAGCAUGUCUCCCACUCGUGUAGCUGUCAUCGGCGCAGGCGUCUCCGGCCCUGUGGCAGCCAUGCUCUUGAAGCAGAAGGGAUACGACCCUGUCGUCUACGAACGCCUCGACGCCAUCUCCGAAGCAGGCCUCGGUCUCGGACUACAGCACAACGGACAGGCAGUGCUCGCCAGGAUCCCAGGUCUAAUCGAGCACAUCGACGGCUUUCAGUUGGAUGAGUUCCACUUCUACUCAGUCUUGCCUGAGGACCCCGGUCUGCUCGGGAUCAGCGAGAACCGGCGCCGGCAGCGCGAGACGUACGGGCUUGGGUCCAUUGCCCUGCGGCGCCCGGCCCUGCACAAACGACUCGUCGAGUACGCGCAGAAACUCGACAUUCCUAUCAAGUAUGGACACAAGCUGGAAGAAAUUGAGCAGGCGGAGGAUAGCGUCACAAUCACGUUUGCUAAUGGUGUCCAGGAGACCUUCAGCUUUGUGAUUGGGUGCGACGGCCUACACAGCAACACUCGCAGCUGUCUCUUCGGGGAGACGCCUGCAGACUACACGGGUCUUGUCUCGUGGGGUGGUGUGUCUCCCAUUCCCGAAUUCUGGAAGGGGAAGCAUGCACUGGCCGACUUGUUUGGUAACGGCGCGCACAUGAUUGUUGUCCCCAUGAGCGACUCGUUGAUGACCUGGGUUGUUUCCAUACGCGAGCCAGAGGUCAAGGAAGGGUGGAAGUCGAUUGAUCCCGCAGUGGGAGAGCACUUCAAGAAGAACUCGCCGUUCAGCGAGUGGCCCUUCGGCGCUGGCGAGCUGGUUAGGAGCAGCUUGAACAUUGUCCGGUAUGGUAUUUAUGACCGUCCUGAGCUGAAGACCUGGUUCGAAGGACGGGUAGUCCUCGUCGGAGAUGCCGCUCACCCUACCAGUCCUCAUCUCGGCCAAGGCGCGAGCCAGUCCUACGAGGACGUCGGUCUGCUGAUCGACUUGCUCGAACAGCACAACCCCUCGGCGAAAUUGCCGUCGACGGAGACGCUGAAGACGGUCUUUGCGGAGCUCGAACGAGUGCGCCUGCCACGCACGGCAGACCUCGUCAAGAGGGCACGGGCGGUAGGCGAGAGGCGUGUCGUCUCGGGCGUCGAGGAGUGCAUCAAGCGCAAUAACUAUUGCCGCGAUACAUGCAAGGACCCUGCCAAGGUCAGGGAUCAGUUUGGCGCAUAAGGUGGGAUUGUGACCUGAGGGUUCAGUCGUUCUGUAUAAGUUAUGUCUGACAUUGGCGGUUUUGAUUAUUCAGUACUUUUACUCAGCUGGUAAUCAGCGUGUGCGAGGUGCACUGUCCGCUGAGUAGUAUGUCAAGUUAACAUGCUAGCAUGUUUUCUGCCUUGCAUAUCCCGCAAGGAGUGCAUAGAGCCAGGAAAGUUACGGUUCCCACGGUCGUCGGAGUCCU